GGGCAGCAGCUCAAGUUCUGGCCUCGCCUAAGUCACCUGUCAGACUGGGGACCUGCGGGCUGCAGCUGGAAUGGAAAUUCCCCAGCCCCGCCCGGUGCUGACCACGGCACGACUUUGUGGAGGGGUAAACUGAGGCCCAGAGGGGUGACGUCGCCGGCUCAGCGUCCCUGGGGAGGCCCCGGUGGCGCGGGUCACUCACCUCCAGGGGCGCAGGCCCAGCGAGGGGCUGCAGGGGCUGCAGGGGCUGCUGGGACUCAGCAGGGACGGGCUCUGGCUGCUUGGAGACAGACUGCAAAGAAAGGGGUCGCGGACGGUGACCCGGGGCGGGGACAGCGCAGGGGGGGCUGCGGCUCCCCCAGAGACCAAGGGCUCAAGGCGCGGAAUUCGGGAAUUCUGGGGCGCUCGCGGGCCGUGAGGGCGCGGCCGGAGCGACGACUCGGGAGGGCUCCCGGGAGGCGGCGGUGACGCGAGCAGGGGCGCCGGGGAUGGGUCGCGUCAUCUUCGCCACCCUCUCCCCGCCCGGCACUCACUCGAGGGUCAGCGAGGGGAUGCGCAGCUUGUCCCUGCGGGAUUUCAUACCCGGGGCGGGGCCGCGUCUACGCGGCCGGGGACCGACGCUCCCCGGGCGGCCCCUGAGCCCCUACCGCGGCGCGGACGCGCGGACCGACAGACGCUGAUGCGGCGCGGGACUGGGCCGCCGGGGGCGCGGGGGUCGGGCUAGCUCCGCCCCGGGGCGGGGCGCGGAUCCCCGCACCUGCGCGCAGGCCCGCGCCCCUCCUGGCCCCGCCCCCGCGGGGGGAGACAGCGGACCCCGGAUCUGAGCGCGCCCCCAGCAGCCCCCCGCUUCCCUCCGGCCACCAUCCCCACUGCGCUGCGGGUCUCGGUGCGUCACCGCGCACACCCGAGGCUCCGCCGCGCCCCCCGGGCCUCGGCUCGCGCUGUUCCCGCCGCUGGGAACAGGGUGCCUGCGCCCACGUCCGAGCUGGGCCCUGCUCCCCGCCCUCAGGCUCUGGGGGUGUCUGUGUCCGUCUCUGACCCCCUAGAGACCCGGAAUGAACCCAGUCAGCCUCAUGGCAGGUGGUGGGGAGUGGCCACCCCUCAAGGAGUCAUUGGCCCCGUGGCCAGGGACUUUGCCCUCCGUGCAACCGACUGCGUCACCAUUCACCAGCAGCCACCCCCAGCCCGGGCAAAGGCCAGCGCCCGCCCUCCGGCCAACGUCGGAACCCCGAACUUCCUGAGGACCGCGGGCCCCGCCCCAAUAGCCGGGCCAUCUCCAUGCCAGCAAAGAGCAGAUGGCCUGGGCUUGGGGUCCACGCUGACCCCAUUCCCACCACCGAAUUUCAAACCCUCUUCCAACCCCAGGCCUUCGCCAUUCUCCCGUCCUGCACACUGCGCACUGCUCCUCCAAUGUGAGUUUCCUUCCCAUCUUCUCCCAUGCUGUUCCCGCUGCUUGGAAUGCUGUUCCCACCGGCUGGCUCCUCCUCUCCCAAAUCUCGGCUCAAAUGUCACCUCUUACAAGACGCCCUCGAGCUCUUGGGCUAAAGCUGCCCUCCAGCCCAUCUCCCACUCUUCCCCGAUUAGUUGCACACAUGGCAUCACCCUUGCUGUCCCCGAGAGCAACCCAUGGGUGGGGUCUCACUUGCCUCCAUGUCCCCCGUGCCUGAAAGAAGGUUCAGGACGUAGUAAGUUCUCAAAAGAUGUUUGCUGAGUGAAUGAUUUCAUUGAGAGACGGGAAUCCCACCCCAGCUCAGGAAAACAUACCCCUGGUACUCACACACCUCUAGAACGCCAUCACACCUCUAGACCAACCCCUCCCCCUCCCUGGGCCUCAGUUUCCUCAUUUGUAAACACGCAAAGGCACUAAACAGAAUGUCCUCUGAGUUUUUGGGAUCCCAAAAUGCCAACCUACAGGAUCACCAAUGUGGCCCCCGAAAGAGAUGAGUUUUCUACCCAUGUUUCCUGUAAGAAAGCGAGCUCCCCGUCACAGGAGGCGUGGAAGGCAGUUCCAGGAUACUGAGUUUCCUCAUUUGAACUGGCAUCAACCUCCCAGGCUGUGGUGAGAGCUGGGUGAGGCGCUAGUGAAGCACUCUGCAAACCCUGGGGCGGGAUCAAGCGGGGCUCCGCCAGCAGCGCAGGAGUUCGCCGCGGCAGCCGCGCUCCGCGUGGACCCGAUGGCGCUGCCGGGGGCUCGGCUGGUGGCCCCGCUCCUCCUGCUUCUCCUCCCGGGGCCGGGCGCCGGAGCCUGUAGAAGCAGCGGGUGUUGUUUUCAGGACCCACCAUAUCCGGAUGCAGACUCAGGUGCGGCCACAGGCCCCCGGGAUCUGAGCUGCUAUAGGGUUUUCAGUGCCGGCUACGAGUGCUCCUGGAGGUACGAGGGCCCCCCGGCCGGGGUCAGCCACUUUCUGAGGUGCUGCCUCCGCCCUGGGCGCUGCUGCUACUUCUCCGCGGGCUCGGCCACCAGGCUGCAGUUCUCCGACCAGGACGGUGUGUCCGUGCUCUGCACCGUCACGCUCUGGGUGGAGUCCCGGGUCGUGAACCGCACCGAGAAGUCGCCAGAGGUUACUCUGCAGCUCUACAGCCUGGGAGCCGGGACCCAGGGUGCGCCCAGGCCGGACUUUGGAAACGCAGAGAGGCCCCCGUCUCCAGGCCUGACGCAUGGGUUUGCUGACGUCAAAGACCCAGUGGACGCCGGGGGCUCGGGCCGGGUGCCCCCGCUGGGCCGCUGCGGCGGGGCACGCGACAGGGCGGGCUCGCCUGGGGAUGGGCUUGUGGCAGGGUGA